AUGACCACUCAACACCCAGAUUAUGCAAUUCUUGCUGCUAGAAUCGCUGUUUCUAACUUGCAUAAACAAACCAAGAAGCAAUUCUCUCAGGUCAUCUACGAUUUAUACCACUAUACCAAUCCUCGCAAUGGUAAGCUUUCGCCCAUGAUUGCUGAUGACGUGUAUGAGGUUGUUCAAAAGCAUGCUGAUGAGCUUAAUUCAGCCAUUGUUUAUGAUCGUGAUUUCUCUUACAAUUACUUCGGUUUCAAGACUUUGGAAAGAUCGUACUUGCUCAAGAUUAAUGGUAAAAUCGCCGAGAGACCCCAACACAUGAUCAUGAGAGUAGCUGUUGGUAUUCAUGGUUCUGAUAUCACCAAGGCCAUUGAAACAUACAACUACAUGUCUCAAAAGUAUUUUACACAUGCCUCCCCCACUCUGUACAAUGCUGGUACUCCCAAGCCUCAAAUGUCCUCUUGCUUCUUGGUUAACAUGAAGGACGAUUCUAUAGAUGGCAUUUACGAUACUUUGAAGACUUGUGCCUUGAUUUCAAAGUCUGCUGGUGGUAUUGGUUUGAGUGUUCAUAAUAUCCGUGCUACUGGCUCCUACAUUGCUGGAACUAACGGUACCUCAAACGGUAUUGUUCCCAUGUUGAGAGUUUUCAAUAAUACUGCUAGAUAUGUUGAUCAGGGUGGUAAUAAGCGACCAGGUGCUUUUGCCAUGUACUUGGAGCCUUGGCAUGAUGAUGUUUUUGAAUUCAUUGAGCUGCGAAAGAAUCACGGUAAGGAAGAAGUCCGUGCCAGAGAUUUGUUCUUGGCUCUAUGGAUUCCUGACUUGUUCAUGAAGAGAGUCAAGGCUAACGAGGAUUGGACUUUGAUGUGUCCCAAUGAGUGUCCUGGCUUGGAUGAUGUCUAUGGUGACGAGUUCGUUGCUCUUUAUGAGAAGUACGAGAAGGAAGGUAGAGGCAGAAGAACCAUCAAGGCCCAAAAGCUGUGGUAUGCUAUUCUCGAAGCUCAAACUGAGACUGGUAACCCAUUCAUGCUUUAUAAGGAUGCUUGUAAUAGCAAGAGUAACCAACAAAACUUGGGUACUAUCAAGUCCUCCAACUUGUGCUGUGAAAUUGUUGAGUACUCUUCUCCUGAAGAAGUUGCCGUCUGUAAUUUGGCAUCGUUGUCUCUACCUGCUUUCGUUGAAAGUGAUGAGGAAGGUUUGUGGUAUAACUUUAACAAACUUCACGAGGUUGCCAAGGUUGUCACUAGAAACUUGAAUGUUAUUAUUGACAGAAACUUUUACCCUGUCAAGGAAGCUGAAAGAAGCAAUUUCCGUCACAGACCCAUUGCUCUUGGUAUUCAAGGUUUGGCCGAUGCCUUUAUGGCUCUCCGUUUGCCAUUCGACUCCCCUGAGGCCAAGCAAUUGAACGUUCAAAUUGCUGAGACCAUCUAUCAUGCUGCUGUUGAAUCUUCGGUUGAACUCGCCGAAUUGUACGGACCCUAUGAGACUUACCAAGGUUCUCCUGCCUCAAAGGGUCUUUUGCAAUUUGAUUUGUGGGAUAUCACUCCCACUGAUCUCUGGGACUGGGCUGCUCUCAAGAAGAAGAUGGCUAAGCAUGGUCUGAGAAACUCCCUUCUCGUUGCUCCUAUGCCUACUGCCUCAACAUCACAAAUUCUUGGUAACAACGAAUGUUUCGAACCUUACACAUCCAACAUCUACUCUCGUAGAGUUCUUGCCGGUGAAUUCCAAAUUGUUAAUCAAUGGUUGUUGAAGGACCUUGUCGAUUUGGGACUGUGGGGAGAGAACAUGAAGAAUAGAAUUAUUGCCAACAAUGGUUCUAUUCAGAAUAUUCCUAACAUCCCUGAGGAUAUCAAGGCAUUGUAUAAGACUGUUUGGGAGCUUUCUCAGAAGACAAUCAUUGAUAUGGCUGCUGAUCGUGCUGCCUUUAUCGAUCAAAGUCAAUCUUUGAACAUUUACAUUCAAGCUCCUACUAUGGGCAAAUUGACUAGUAUGCAUUUCUACGGCUGGCAAAAGGGUCUUAAGACAGGAAUGUACUACUUGCGUACACAAGCAGCAUCCGCUCCUAUUCAAUUUACUGUUGACCAAGAGGCUCUCAAGGUUUCUGACGGUAACGUUGCUAAGAAUCUUGUUAGAAAGCAAUAUAGACAAGGCUUCCCUGGUCAAGGAAGUGAGGUUGACAAGCUGGCUGAAAAAGUGUCCAAUCUCACCACUCAACCCGUCCCUGUUGCUGCUACUGUGGUGGCCGCUGAGAAUAACAAGGAAAAUCUUGAUGUAUCUACCACUACCACUACUAAGCUUUCGGAUACCGACGGUGUUGCUGCUGCUGAUGGUGACAAGUCCGAGAUUGAUAUUUACAAUGAAAAGGUCCUUGCUUGUUCCAUUGCCAACCCUGGAGCUUGUGAGAUGUGUUCUGGUUAA